GCUGUUUUCUAUUCAACCUUGUUUUUGUGUUUGCUUAAACUUGAAUUUUGUAUGACCAGUUUAUCGGCUAAAUUGAAAUUUGAGAGACAGAAACUGGCACUGCAGAUGCAAACAUGUCCACUUAUAAAUGACGUUUUGGACAACAAGUUGAAGGGAUGCAAUCCAUGUGCAUAUAUACCUUAUAUAUAUAUAUAUUCUCAUUCACUCACACAACUUUUGAUUGUACAAAUCUUUUCGGAAAGUAUUCUGAUGUUUUGGAAACUCUGCAUUAUUUCCAUUUAUCUGUAUGUGUUUAUAUCAGUUUGUGCUGUUGACAACGCUGACAAUGUAAAAUUCGCUCACGACGCAGCUCUUUUAAAAGGUUCUCCUGACCGUGACAAGGAUCGUAUUGUCGUAACAAAAGUCAUUAGUAAUUUGUCAGAACAAGAUGCGGAAGACCUCGCCGAUAAAUUCGGUAAACAUCUAGAAGAGAUAUUUGGCAAAGAAAAUGGAGAAUUGGAUGAAAUCCUCAAAGAAACAGUAAAAGAAUUCAAAGAAGAACAGGCAAAGUCAGGGAAUUCAGCCAGUUAUUACGGUAGUGAUUUAAUUUUACUGGGGAUUUCUGUUGUCAUAGUGACAUUGACAUGUGUUUGUGGUAUUUUUAAUAAGUGA